UUUUUUUUUUUUUUUUUGUAUUGAUAAUAUAGUGACAUUAAUGAAUCGUUUGACGGUGACUAGUCUUCAAAGGGCAUUUCUUCGUUCACAACGAUCGGGUAUCACUCGACUUUAUUCUACACAUAAAGAAAUCAAGUUUGGUAUCGAUGGACGCGCUGCUUUACUUCGAGGUGUGGAUUUGUUGGCCAAGUCUGUCGCUGUGACAUUAGGUCCCAAAGGUCGUAAUGUAUUGAUUGACCAACCUUAUGGUUCUCCCAAAAUGACAAAGGAUGGUGUUACUGUAGCAAAAUCUAUUACUUUGGAAGAUAAAUUUGAAAACUUGGGUGCAAGACUUGUUCAAGAUGUUGCUAACAAGACAAAUGAAACGGCAGGAGAUGGUACUACUACUGCUACUGUUUUGGCUCGUUGGAUUUUUGCUGAAGGAGUGAAGAAUGUGGCAGCUGGAUGUAAUCCUAUGGAUCUUCGUCGUGGAGUGACUUUAGCUGUAGAUGCAGUCAUUGAUUAUCUUAUGGCCAAUACAAAAAUGAUCACGACUUCUGCCGAAAUAGCUCAGGUAGCGACCAUUUCAGCCAAUGGAGAUCAACAUGUGGGUAAUAUGAUUGCUCAAGCUAUGGAACGUGUUGGCAAGGAAGGAGUGAUUACAAUCAAAGCCGGCAAAACAAUGGAUGACACAUUGGAAGUGACAGAAGGCAUGCGAUUUGAUCGUGGAUUCACAUCACCUUAUUUUAUUACGGAUACCAAGACACAAAAAGUGGAAUUCGAAAAACCAUUGGUGUUACUCUCGGAAAAGAAAAUCUCUCUCUUAUCAGACGUGAUGCCAGCCAUGGAAGCAGCAGCGACACAACGACGACCUCUCUUGGUGAUUGCUGAAGAUGUGGAUGGUGAAGCGCUUGCGGCAUGUAUUCUGAAUAAGCUCCGUGGGCAACUACAAGUAGCAUGUGUCAAGGCCCCUGGGUUUGGCGACAACCGUAAAUCGAUCUUGGGAGAUAUUGGUGUGCUAACAAACAGUGUGGUCUUCAGUGAUGAUCUAGAUAUCAAGUUGGAAAAGGCGACCCCGGAUUUGUUUGGUACGACUGGAUCUGUCACUAUCACCAAGGAAGAUACCGUGAUGCUCAAUGGAGCUGGGUCCAAGGAAGAUAUUGCUCAACGCUGUGAACAAAUUCGAAGUGCUAUGGCAGGUGCAACAGACUAUGAAACUGACAAAUUGAAAGAACGAUUAGCCAAGUUAUCUGGUGGCGUUGCUGUGAUCAAGGUUGGUGGAGGAUCCGAAGUGGAAGUAGGUGAAAAGAAGGAUCGAUUUGAUGAUGCACUCUGUGCUACGAGGGCGGCGGUGGAAAUGGGCUUUACAUGUGGUGGUGGAUCUACUUUGGUCAAGGCGGCUAAGGCAUUGGAUGGAUUGAAAGGUGUUAACUUUGAUCAACAAUUGGGUAUCAACAUCAUCCGUGAAGCGAUUCAACGUCCAUGUCGUAUUAUUGUUGACAAUGCUGGUGGUGAAGGUUCCGUGGUUGCUGGCAAAUUGAUGGAUGAAUAUUACGAUAAACCAAAUUGGGGUUACGAUGCUGCUACAAAUGAAUAUGCUGAUAUGAUUGAACGGGGCAUCAUUGAUCCUACUAAAGUUGUCCGUACUGCGCUUGUCGAUGCUGCUGGUGUGGCUAGUCUUCUCAGUACAUCUGAAGCUUUUAUUGUCGAUGCCAAAGAACCAGAAACGUCUCCUCCAAUGACUGGUGGUGGUAUGGGAAUGAUGUAGAUCUCAUCACUAUUUUUUUUAUUUAUUUAUUAUUUUAUUAUUAUUUAUCUGUAGUAUUUUUUUUUUUUUGUCAUUAUUACCUCCCCUCUCUUUUUCCUUUUUCCUUUUUUAUAUAUCUAUUUAUCUCACUAUCUUGUCUUAUCGAAGUACCAAUAAAAAUCAUCUUAUUGU